AGUCUGAGACGCAGCAUCUCUCAGAGGAAGAUCGCGUGCGUCGAUCAGCUUUCAUUCCGCUAAACAUGGAGAACUCGAGCAGCUGACGAUUCCUUCAACCUUCUCUUUUCACACUUCCCUUCGUCCGGUCACCGAUCCGUCAGCGACCCGUCUGUCUCAGUGCGAGGAUGAAGAUCAUCAUCGGGAUCGGAGGGGUCACGAACGGCGGUAAAACAACACUGACAGACCGUCUGGUCAAGAACCUGCCCAACUGCUGCGUGGUCCAUCAGGACGAGUUCUUCAAGCCCCAAGAUGAGAUUGAAGUUGAUGAAGAUGGCUUUAAGCAGUACGAUGUCAUCAGCGCUCUGGACAUGGACGCCAUGAUGAGCACCAUCCACGCCUGGCAGCAGAACCCCGUCAAGUUCGAGCGAUCCCACGGCGUCAACAGCUCGCUGGACUCUGAGAUCCUUCGCCACGCUCCGGAGGAGGAUGGAGGCGUUCACAUCCUGAUCGUGGAGGGGUUCCUGCUCUACACCUACGGACCUCUGAUCGAGGUGUUUGACCAACGCUACUUCAUUUCUAUUCCAUACGAAGAGUGCAAAAAGAGGAGGAGUUCAAGGAACUAUUCCGUGCCGGACCCCCCCGGUCUGUUCGAUGGUCACGUGUGGCCCAUGUAUGUCAAACACACUCAGAUCAUGGAAGACUCCGGGGUUGAAGUCGUGAAACUAGACGGAACCAUGUCCAAGGAACGGCUGUACAACAUCGUGUACGGGAGCAUCCUGAACCGUCUGCCCUGACCACAGAUCGGCUCCAGCGCUUCACAUCGCCUGCGUCUGCAUCGCUGCUGUUUUAUAUCUCUGUAUUUAUUGUUAAUCCAGCUGUUAUAAGGCUAUGUUUAUAUCAACAUCAGGAUGGAGAGACUGUUCUGAGCAUGCACAAGCAAAUAAACGAAGCUCCUGCAACA